UUGGUGGGGAGCGAGGGAGUUCCAGGAGGGUCGGUUCGUGUUCGGAACAGGGCCAGGCUCACCCCUUCUGCUCGUGUUUUCCAUAGCCAUAGUGGGGGCCACCCAAGCCCAUUCAUUCGGGGCCCCGCUUCCCGAGUCCCAGCUCAGAACCGAAGUCCAGAGCUAAGCUCCGCCUCGCCCGUGGUGUUGAAAGUCAGCACCCGCUCUCCUCCCUUGUACAGACCACGAAAACUGUGGAGGGGACUGCUGACCAAGGUCACCCCCUAGUCGGGAGCGGAGCGACCUCAGAGCAGCCUUUCUGCCUCCAGGGCCCCCUCAGCGCCCGCUUCACCGCGUCCUCGAGCAAUGCGGGAACUGUAGAGACCGGGGAUCUCACUCAGGCGGUUCUUACUGCUGUGUGACCCCAGACCAGUGACUGCAUUCAGGCUCUGAUCCUAGUACCAAAUGCUAGCUAGUACCUGCCUCAUCCAGAUGUUGGGAAAAUAACGCACAAGUGCGGGGUAGUGAUUCCUGGACGCACUUGGAUGCAGUGCAGUGGGUUGCAGCAGAAUAACCUCAGCAGAAACUUGAGGCAGCUUGGAGAAAGACGGCAGCGAGCCAGGACGUGAGAAUGAAAGGCCUCAGUGUGUGGAUUUCCUUCCUGUCCGCCCAGCAGUUUGCUUAGGGUGGGGAUGCACACCUGGCAGUGGAGUGCGAGGCCAAAUCCACGUCGACACGACUCCGUGCUGCCCUAGUUGGGCGGGAUCUGUUGCUUCAAGCCAGGAGUGACCCAGCUGAGCCAAAGCUGAGCUAUUGGCUGCCCCAGGAUGGGGUGAAGCCCUACCCACUCCAGGGCUGUUGGUACUGCAGCCUCAGAACUAGGCACAGCCUUCUUGGCUAAGGACCCCACCCUUGAAGCCGUUUGGUGUUUUUACUGCUUCCUCCCAACUGAUCGUUCUCGGGACAGUUGUUGGAGACUAGGUAUUAGUCAUCAAACCCAGGGACCUUUUUCUCCUGGGAAAAGACCUUAGUUUACAGGGACAGGCCCCUUGGUUGAAUCCUAGCCUCCCAUCCUGAAGCCACGUUCUUCUGUCUGAGACUGCCCAUUCUCCAGACAUGGAGGCAGGAAGGGUGGGUCUUCAAAACUCCCUAUGUCAACAGGAACUAGACAAGAUGGUGUGUCUGACUCCUACGUAUACAAGUGGCAGACCUUUAAAUCGCUUCGUUGGGACUUCCUAAUACAUGGCGCCAUGGAGGAGAAGGUGCUCGUCACGGGCGGGGCUGGCUACAUCGGUAGCCACACAGUGUUGGAGCUGCUGGAGGCGGGCUACUCGCCUGUGGUCAUCGACAACUUCCACAAUUCCAUUCGUGGAGAAGACUCCAUGCCUGAGAGCCUGCGCCGGGUCCAGGAGCUGACAGGCCGCUCUGUGGAGUUUGAGGAGAUGGACAUCUUGGACCAGGCAGCCCUACAGCACCUCUUUAAGAAGCACAAUUUUAAGGCUGUCAUCCACUUUGCUGGGCUCAAGGCUGUGGGCGAGUCAGUGCAGAAGCCUCUGGAUUACUACAGAGUUAACCUAACAGGGACCAUCCAGCUCCUGGAGCCUGUUUCUCUCUCUGUAACUGAUGCCCUUCGCCUCAGCUCCACCCUCCUCGGGUGGGGUAACAAGUGGGACUUACCCGUGAGGCACAGGCCACUGACCCUCCCCUCCACGGCCAGAUCAUGAGGGCCCAUGGGGUGAAGAGUCUGGUCUUCAGCAGCUCAGCCACCGUGUAUGGGAACCCCCAGUACCUGCCUCUGGACGAGGCCCACCCCACCGGGGGCUGUACCAACCCCUACGGCAAGUCCAAGUUCUUCAUUGAA